AUGUUCGAAGGAUAUGUGGUGUACUACCUCAACCAGUACCUUGGCAAGUAUGUGGAUGGCAUCGACCAGAAGUCGCUCAGGAUCUCCAUCUACAAGGGCGAUGUGGUGCUGCGCAACCUGCAGCUGAAGCCCGAUGCGCUGGCGGGCCUGGACCUGCCCGUGACGGUGCGGGCGGGGCUGCUGGGCUCCCUCACACUCAAGGUGCCCUGGAGCAGCCUGGGCACAGUGCCUGUGGAGGUGAAGAUCGACCGCCUCUACCUGCUGGCAUCCCCCAAGAGC